AUGGCGACCAUUUCCGAGGCCCAGCUGCAGUCUACGGCGCCUGCACCGAAGACUCGGGCGCAAACGGCUAAGAAAAAUGUCGUUUCUCCCGGCAUCUCACUAGCUGCUGGAGCUGUAGCUGGAGGAGUGGAAGCAACCGUCACUGAAUCCUCUGGCUGUGAUAUUGCAGACGGCGCGCAUGAUGGUGUUCGAGCUAUCUAUACCGGUUGCUCCACCCUGAUUCUCGGGACUGCCUUCAAGGCCGGGGUGCGUUUCUUGUCUUUUGACACUAUCAAGAAUCUCCUGGCGGACGCAGAUGGAACACUGUCACCAGCCCGGGGCAUUCUGGCUGGCAUGGUCGCGGGUACGGUAGAGAGCGUAGUCGCAGUUACUCCCACAGAACGGAUCAAGACUGCUCUUAUCGAUGACGCACGAUCAUCCACCACACGUCGCUACAAGGGUGGAUUCCAUGCCCUCCGGACUAUCGUUGCUGAGUCCGGCGUUAGUGAGGUCUACCGCGGCUUGAUCUCUACGACAAUGAAGCAGUCGGCCACGUCUGCUGUACGUAUGGGCUCGUACAACGUCUUAAAGGAGAUCGUUUCAUCUAGCACGAGCAUCAAGGACCCAAAGAACCCCGCACUGACAUUUGGAAUGGGAGCCACUGCCGGCGUCAUCACGGUAUACAUGACCCAGCCCUUCGACACCAUCAAGACACGUGCUCAAGGGGCCAACGGCGCAUCGACCAUGGAAGCGCUGCGAGAUGUGCUGAAAGACGGAGGUGUGCGAGCCUUGUGGCGGGGAAGUUCGAUGCGACUAGGCAGGCUGAUCCUCAGUGGUGGCAUAGUGUUUACGGUCUAUGAGAACGUCGCCGCACUUUUGAUGGGCUCAAGGGCACGUACUAUCGAUGGUUGA